UUCAACCAGUUCUUUUAUUUUUAAUAUGGCAGGAUCAGUGGGAAAGGGAUCUCACCAACGAGAGCCGACAAAACUAUGGAGCGAUAUGCAACAGGAGACAAGACGAGAAGAAGCUCGACUUUACCGCAUGGAUUUGAAUGUUUACAUGCUAACUAAAUAUAGCCUGUAAAAAAAUAGUUGUAGCUGUUACAGUCGACCUGCUUGCCAAAUCAGAGGACCAGAAUCGAAAGCAAUGUUUUUGAGAUCGAGAGAGUGGAUUAUGUUACAUGCUGAUUUGGAUAACCCUCGCGCUGCUACUGCAAGAUCUUUCCGACACUUGUUGAAAUUACAUUUCGAAAUCUUCUCCACAAGGGAAAGUAUUCGCUAAUGAAAACAUUGCUAACAACUAUAUUUGGGCAACGUUAGCAAAUAUUGUUUUAGUUUACAAAUCUUUAGCCAACGUAAGUUGCGCUUCUCUUCUGCUGUUCGUGUCGCGUUACGCGGUAGCUACUGUACGAGCUUGCUGCGUAGCUGUAAUUUUUAUCGAACAUUUUUAUACACUGCAUAAAAUGACAGUUUUGAUAGCUUUGAAGAGGUUUAAGUACUUAUUAUUUGUUAUUUAGCUACGCGUGUUGCCUCAAUUGACAAUGCAUUGCUGGAUUCGUCCUCAAAUAACGUUACUAUUUUAAGCUAAAUUGUUAAUGAAGAAAAUGGAAGUGACAGGUAGCUAGCUAGCAUUGGCACUCACGCUGGCUAGUUAACAUAACUAGCUACUGAUUGAGUUUCAAACAAGUUGUUGGCUUAUUAGUUUAGCUAACUAUUUACAAAUGUAAAUAUUUUCCCAUGCAUUGACAAUACGUUGGGAUGUAUAAAACUCAAUAACUUCGGUAAGCGUUACCUGCUGGCACCGUAAACACAUAGUUUGGAAUUUGUUUGUUUACAAACACUUGUCAGCUGAACUGUUCACUAUUGUUAACUUAUGUGGCUAUCAAGCUAACGUUAGCUAGCACCGAAAAUUUGCCAACGCGACGAUUUGAAGCAGCACUGAUGGAUUCGCUAAAAGUGGACUGACAAUCAAAACCACACUCUAUAUUUGUACUCCAAGCACUCACUUUACAUUUUUUUAAGUAAAAUUUUUAAACUGUGCGGCCCACACCAUGUCCGGAUCCCCGGGCUCGGGUGGCUCAAACCCCAGGAAGUUCAGCGAAAAGAUAGCGCUGCACAACCAGAAACAAGCAGAGGAGACGCUGGCCUUCGAUCAGCUUAUGACAGAUCUCACUGUCUCAAGGGUGCAGUUCCAGAAGAUCCAACAGCUACGUCAGACCCAGACCAGGGCCCAGUACUAUGGAGGCUCCCUGCCCAACGUCAACCAGAUCGGCAACGCUAGCGCCGACUUCCAGGGUGGCUUCCCAGGGGCCUUGGACAGUGUCAGGGGGACACGUCACCAUGGCCUGGUAGAGAGGGUGCACCGGGACCGCAACCAACGCAUUAACUUGCCUCACCGCCGGCCCAUCGACAAGCACGGACGGCAGAUAUCCUUCCACAAGUAUAGAACUAGCUACUUAGCACCUCCCCCCACACUUUUUAAUAGAAGGGAGCAGCAGCCGUGGGCCGAGGAGAAACGACCAGGAUUUAGAUUAAUAUCACAGCUCAACAGAACCAACUCGGACUCGGCUCUUCAUACGAGUGCCAUGAACCCCCAGGACCCCUUUGGCAUGAACCAACAGAUGGGCAGAGGGCCCCCCCAGCGCAACGCCAGUGUGAACGAGGCGGAGGUGGACGGCUCUGGAGAUGUGUUCUCCUUCCCAUCCCUGUCUAAUGAGGAGGGUCUGAUGGGUGUCAGCAAGCCCCUGCCCAAGCAACUGUGGGAGGCCAAGAAGGUUCAAUCCCUCUCAUCACGGCCCAAAUCCUGUGAAGUGCCUGGAAUCAAUAUAUUCCCGUCUCCAGAGCAGAACGCGGGCCUCUCCAACUACCAGGGCUCGUUGAACACAGGCGGUUCCCUGCCAGACCUCAGUAACCUGCACUUCCCCUCACCGCUGCCCACCCCCCUGGACCCAGACGACGGGCACCACGGAGGGGGGGGCUACCACCCCAACCUGAGCGGAGGCAGCAGCACAGGCAACCUGCCCGCCGCCAUGAUGCACCUCGGCAUAGGGAAUCACCAGGGAGGCUGGACUGAAGGAGGUCUCUCGUCCUCUCUGAGCAAUCCUUCCAUCCAGAACUCUCUCCAAAACUCCCAGCUGCACUCGUCCCUCAGCAAUCCCUCCAUCCACUCGUCCCUCCGUCUGACGUCCCUCUCCAACCCUCCGCAGGGAGCCAUGAGCAGUUCUCCUCGCCGCCGCCCGGCUCCCAUCAGCCCCCUCACUCUGUCACCCGGCACCGAGCAACGGCGGGGGCUUUCCAAGCAGCUGUCUCCCACAAUGUCCCCCUCACUGUCCCCCAUCACACAGGGGGUUGCCUUGGACACCAGCAGCUUGCCAAUGGAGCCUCCUCCUCCCUACCCUCUCUACCAACAGCUACACCAACAGUCCCAGCAUUCAAUGGGGCAACAACAACAACGCCAGCAACAACGUCAUCAUCAGCAUCAACAGCAGCCAGUGUCCCCUCUGCAGAACAUCUCUCUGGACUUCAACUCCGGUCAUAACAACAUGGCGGCGUUCUUCAAUGACCCGUUCAUGGACCCACAGUUCUCCAGUCGCCAGGCCAAGGCACUGUCCUACCAGUUGGACCAGUUCAGCAUGUUGGAGAGUGCCAUGAGCCAAAUUGCAGGCGGUUCGUGUUUCGACCCAUCCUCGCCCUCUUCCUCGCCCCUAUACUGCUCGCAGGCCGCCCUCAUGGGCCUGGGUGGGAGCCACGGCAACUUGCAGGACCAGCUGCAGCAGAUGAGACCCAACAACAACUACAACUGCAGUGGAGGGGUGCCCAAUAUCAUACUGACUGAUGACUCCAACCCCAGUCAUUCCAAGGACAUCAGCAGUGCCAUGUCGGCCGGCAACAUGGCUGACUGUUUCGACUCGGAGGUGAGCUUCCCAUUGGAGGAUGAGCUGCGCAUCGAGCCCUUGAGCCUGGAUGGUCUGAACAUGCUCAGUGACCCCGACAUGGUGCUCUCUGACCCCUCGGUGGAGGACAGUUUCCGCAGCGACAGACUGUAAUCGGGCACGCACGCACACAUACACACACAGACUGUAUAGGCCAGGUAGCGUGGGUUAAACUUGAAUGAUCCCCACCUCCCUCACACACUCAUGGCAUACGUAUGCAAUUUUUUAAGGCAUUUACACACAUACACACUAUUACAGAGGAAUAGACUUGUGUACAAUCACUUUUUACAUGGGCUUCACAUGUAAAUGCCACACACACGUUCAUACCUACGUUGUGCAUAGUCAUUUGGAACAGAUGGACUGAUGUACCAUUGAUUGAUAUUCUUUUUUUAUCAGCACUGAGCAUUACUAUAACGUUACUAUAACGUUCCUAUAGUGUAUCUCCACCUAUAUACAGUUGAAGUUGGAAGUUUACAUACACUUAGGUUGGAGUUAUUAAAACUUGUUUUUCAACCACUCCACAAAUUUCUUGUUAACAAACUCUAGUUUUGGCAAGUCGGUCAGGACAUCUACUUUGUGCAUGACACAAGUUAUUUUCCCAACAAUUGUUUACAGACAGAUGAUUUCACUUAUAAUUCACGGUAUCACAAUUCCAUUGGGUCAGAAGUUUACAUACACUAAGUUUACUGUGCCUUUAAACAGCUUGGAAAAUUCCAGAAAAUUAUGUCAUGGCUUUAGAAGCUUCUGUUAGGCUAAAUGAGAUCAUUUGAAUCAAUUGGAGGUGUACCUGUGGAUGUAUUUCAAGGCCUACCUUCAAAGUCAAGCAAAGAGGCACUGAGAUCAUGGGAACAUCAAAAGAAAUCAGCCAAGACCUCAGAAAAGAACCCACAAGUCUGGUUCAUCCUUGGAGCAAUUUCCAAAUGCCUUAAGGUACCAUGUUCAUCUGUACAAACAAUAGUACGGAGGUAUAAACACCAUGGGACCACACAGCCGUCAUACCGCUCAGGAAGGAGAUGCGUUCUGUCUCCUAGAGAUAAAAGUACUUUGGUGCGAAAAGUGCAAAUCAAUCCCAGAACAACAGCAAAGGACCUUGUGAAGAUGCUGGAGGAAACAGGUACAAAAGUAUCUAUAUCCACAGUAAAACGAGUCCUAAAUCGACAACCUGAAAGGCCGUUCAACAAGGAAGAAGCCACUGCUCCGCCAUAAAAAAGCCAGACGACGGUUUGCAACUGCACAUGGGGACAAAGAUCGUACUUUUUGGAGAAAUGUCCUCUGGUCUGAUGAAACAAAAAUUGAACUGUUCGCCAUAAUGACCAUCGUUAUAUUUGGAGGAAAAAGGUGGAGGCUUGCAAGCCGAAGAACACCAUCCCAACCGUGAAGCACGGGGGUAGCAGCAUCAUGUUGUUGGGGUGCUUUGCUGCAGGAGGGACAAGUGCACUUCACAAACUAGAUGGUAUCAUGAGGAGGAAAAUUAUGUGGAUAUAUUGAAGCAACAUCUCAAGACAUCAGUCAGGAUGUUAAAGCUUGGUUGCAAAUGGACAAUGACCCCAAGAAUACUUCUAAAUUUGUGGCAAAAUGGCUUAAGGACCACAAAGUCAAGGUAUUGGAGUGGCCAUCACAAAUCCUUGACCUCAAUCCUAUAGAAAAUGAGUGGGCAGACCUGAAAAAGCUUGUGCGAGCAAGGAGGCCUACAGGAAUGGGCCAACAUUCACCCAACUUAUUGUGGGAAGCUUGUGGAAGGCUACCCAAAACGCUUGACCCAAGUUAAACAAUUUAAAGGCUAUGCUACCAAAUACUAAUUGAGUGUAUGUAAACUUCUGACCCACUGGAAAUGUGAUGAAAGAAAUAAAAGCUGAAAUAAAUCAUUCUCUCUAUUAUUAUUCUGACAUUUCACAUUCUUAAAAUAGUGUGGUGAUCCUAACUGACCUAAGACAGGGAAUUUUUACUAGGAUUAAAUAUCAGGAAUUGUGAACAACUGAGUAUGUAAACUUCUGACUUCAACUGUAUAUUAGCUGUGCAGUGUCUAGUCCUUCAGCUCAAAGACCGCUGGCCCCCCCACCAGCCUUCCUCUGCCCAGCUGCUGCCACAGCCUCACACCAGCACACACACAGCCAUCUGACUCUGCCACAGGGCCCUUACUGACUGCCACAGACUGAGAGGGCAACAGGUGUCAUCAACAGAGAGGGAGGCUGCAGGACAAUCCGUACUCAUUGACAGUGCUUAGUGCUCGGAUCCUGAUCCUUCAUGGGUUGGCCUCCUCACUGCCACAUUUCCUCCAGAAGUUCUGGACCAGAGCUGGUCAAAUCAGAGCAAGACAAUUGGAUUAUGUUCCAGAGCAAAAGGAACUGUUCUAGAACAGGAGUUUUGCUCUGGAACCUUUUGGAGCCCAUGUUCUAGAAUACAUGUAUUAUAUACAGGACACAUUGUGGAACAGGUGGAGACUACGUUCCAGAACAGGACACAUUCUCAAGCAGGAACAUCUCACGUUCUAGAACAUGGGGAUGCUGUUUCCUAGAACAGCAGCUGAUGUUCUUGGACCCUGAGAGGGUCUGCUCGGGGGUUCUGUCUGUCUCCAGUUCAUACCGCUCCGCUCAAUCUGUGCUCAAACAGCACUGCAGACAUGGCAACAUCCAUCACCAAGUCACAUUGGUUACACAACGCCAUAGGAACACCCUUGCCAGGGCAACCCAUGUCAUGGUAACUGCCCGAUCGCCAUGCUGAGCAGCACCGGGAGCGUUUACACACAACAACGGCUGUUCCUCCCGCCAACAUGCAACUCUGAGGAAUUUGCACCUGGUGUUUGAGGCAGAGCCAGCACUGGUAUGGUUCUACUACUAUGCUAAUACCUUGUUAACUCUGUGCUGGUAUGGUUCUAGUACAAUGACACCAGUACAUCCCCUAACAGCCAUGUUCCCCUCUGCGGCCCGGCCCAAUGACAGCCCUCUACUUGGCUGUACACCCAAACUAACAAUCAUGGUAGAAAUGAAGAGGAGGGAUCGGUAUGUCUCAUUCUGCACAGAGCAUUAUUUUUCAAUGUCUUUGCUAUAUACAGUCCUGGUAUAUUUUUCUGUAAAAAGUUGUUUGCCACAUAUAUAAUAUGCCUCGCUAUAAGUGCAGUCUGACUAGAAUGUAUUUUUCAAACGAGACAAAAAGGGCAAACUGUUUACAAGGAUAAGAUUUUAGUAUGUACAAUUAUACUUAAUAUGAGGAUA